GCUCUAGCCGUAACUUCCGCGACUCUAUCGUUACCCGACGGCCUGCUGAGAACGGUGUGUUCCCGGGGCUCCUGCCUAUGGCUUCUUAGCGCCGGGACCUGGAAGGCGGCAGGGAGGCUGGGCGCUUAGACUGCGAGGCCGUGGGCGAAGGGAGAGCGGAUGGAGCCCGCGAUGGAGACGGAGACCUUGGAGUCGAGGAUCAACAGAGCUACAAAUCCUCUGAACAAGGACCUGGAGUGGGACAGUAUCAAUGCUUUUUGUGACCAGCUUAAUAAGGAACUUGAAGGCCCACCACUUGCCACCCGGCUUUUGGCCCACAAGAUCCAGUCGCCACAAGAAUGGGAAGCCAUUCAAGCCCUCACGGUGCUGGAGUCCUGUAUGAAAAAUUGUGGCAAGCGCUUUCAUGACGAAGUAGGCAAAUUCCGCUUCCUCAACGAGCUUAUCAAGGUGGUAUCACCCAAGUACCUGGGAACCAGAACUCCAGAGAAAGUAAAAUCCAAGAUCCUGGAGCUGAUGUAUAGCUGGACAUUGGGACUUCCCCAUGAAGUGAAGAUUACAGAGGCCUAUCAAAUGCUGAAAAAACAAGGGAUUGUAAAAUCUGACCCAAAGUUACCAGAUGAUGCACCCUUCCCAUUGCCUCCUCCAAGGCCAAAGAAUGUAAUUUUUGAUGAUGAAGAGAAGUCCAAGAUGCUGGCUCGCCUGCUCAAAAGCUCUCACCCCGAGGAUCUCCGGGCUGCCAACAAACUCAUCAAAGAGAUGGUACAGGAGGACCAAAAGCGGAUGGAGAAGAUUUCCAAGAGGGUAAAUGCCAUUGAGGAAGUCAACAACAAUGUCAAGCUGCUGACAGAGAUGGUGACUAACUACAGCAAGGGGGAGACAACCGAGAGCAGUGAGGACCUCAUGAAAGAGCUGUACCAGCGCUGCGAACGCAUGAGGCCAAUGCUUUUCCGGCUUGCCAGUGACACAGAGGACAAUGAUGAGGCACUAGCAGAAAUUUUGCAAGCCAACGACAACUUAACACAAGUGAUCAACCUGUACAAGCAGGUUGUGAAAGGCGAGGAAAUAAAUGGUGAAACUCUGGCUGGUCCACUCCGAGGCAGCACAUCAGCACUUCUGGAUCUUUCAGGGCUGGAGAUGGCAACCCCGAGUCCUUCCUAUCCAUCCAUACCAACCUUCUCGGGUGGUGGCUCAGCAGCUUCUGUACCAGAGCCAAGCAGCUCUGUCUCUCUGCUAGAUGAUGAACUCAUGUCUCUAGGGCUUAAUGACCCAGCAACUCCUUCAGCCCAGGGUACAGAUAACAGCAGCUGGAACAGUUUUCAGUCAUCUGACAGCCCUGAACUUAGUGUCCCUUCAGUGCCAGCAGCCUCAGUGGGGAAAGCUGAUGCUGGACUGCCUGCACCAGCAUCUUCUGUAGUUUCAAGUGGCAUGGAUGACCUGGAUCUUCUGGGGAAAACUCUGUUGCAACAGUCUCUGCCCCCAGAAUCUCUGCAAGUCAGAUGGGAGAAGCAGCCUCCACCCCGGUUAACACUGCGUGAUCUCCAAAACAAGAGCACUCCUAGCCCCCCCAACAAGAACACUUCCAGCCCUUCUGUGAGCACCAACAGCACCACACCUCUCUUCUCAAGCUUGUCUCCAAACCCUCCUACCACUCUGCCCUUGGAGCAGCCAGCACCCAUUGUUGUCCCUCGAGGGCUGCCAACACCUUCUGGAGCCACCAUUCUCACAACGGGUAUCCCUGCUUCCACAUCCCCACUGGAAUUCUCACUUACGAAUGUCACUGUGCCUCUGGAAUCUAUCAAACCAAGUAACAUCCUUCCUGUGACUGUGUAUGACCAUCAUGGCUUCCGUGUCCUCUUUCACUUUGCCAAGGACUCUCUGCCUGAUCGGCCUGAUGUCCUGGUGGUAGUGAUCUCCAUGAUCAGUACAGCCCCCUUGCCCAUCAAGAACAUCAUCUUUCAGUCUGCUGUACCCAAGGUGAUGAAGGUGAAGCUGCAGCCUCCCUCUGGGACAGAGCUCCCAGCAUUCAAUCCAAUUGUGCCCCCCACAGCGAUCACUCAAGUCCUCCUGCUUGCUAAUCCUCAGAAGGAAAAAGUGAGGCUACGAUACAAGCUGACCUUCACCAUGGCAGAUCAAACCUACAAUGAAAUGGGAGAUGUUGAGCAGUUUCCCCCUCCAGAAUCAUGGGGAAACCUAUAGUGCUGCAGCUGGCAUGCGAUGUCAGACUUAUAAGGAUUCUGGCUUCCCAGGGCUGGCUAGUACUUCGGACUCUGCUCUCAGACUGGAAUGAUGACAGUCAGCAAUAUACUGAUUGUGGAGGAUAGCAGGCAGAGGGGAGAGAAAGGAGAUGCCUGUCUUGGGGGCUGAUGGGGCAAGAAUGAUUGAGUUGUUCUCUAUUCUUCUAACUUGGUUUCUGGGGGCCCUGCCCUUAUCUUGAUCUUCCAGCUAUAUUUUCCCUUCCAUGGAGUUGAUCAGUUGAAGCUGGCUUUGAGAAACCCAGCUCCAGGGCCCCAUUCUUCCACCUCCUGAGGAAGUUAUAUGGGGUCUUACAUCUUCAGCUCUUUCACACUUGAGGACAGCAGGUUGAUAGUAGAGUGAGGUCCCUUGCUCUUUUUCUGUUUCUUUCAAAACAAGCCUUGAUGGCAUGAGGCAAAAAAUACUUUGCAACAGGAGGCCUGGUUGGCCCAUUCAGGUUCCAUACACAAAACUGCCUUGGGGCUACCAGAAGUUGGGCCUUUAUUCCCCCAGGGGUGCAUAAUGGGUGUGGACUCAUGCUCAUUGUACUUACUGAGCCACUGUAUGUGAUUGAGCUUAUGAGAAGGGCGAGAAGGGAUGGUGGGUAGUGUGCCUAGUCUAAUAUGCCUUACCUGCAAAGAGUUUGUGUAGCAUCUAUAUUGUACAAUUGUAAGAAGGCUGGUUGUUUGGAAACGGUUCAGUUCCACACUUUCCUCUGCUUGGGAAAAUACUGAUGAUACAAAGAGGCUGUGUUCAGGGAAAUGAAUUCUACUUGUGCUGUGGAUUCCAGGAUUCCUGUGUGGCCCGCCAGAAAGCAACACUGGGAGAAAAGGGAGUUGCCAGAACCAUAUCCACUACCCCCACAGAUUAUGGCUGCCCCCUUCUGUUCCCCACAAACACAUGCUCCCAAGAUGUUGGGCCAUCUGUAUAACUGGCAUCCUCCCAUCAUGAGCAAAGUAUUCAUGGAAAUGCCCUGGAAUGAGACUUGGGAGUACACAUGAGUGUAUUUUUGUGGGUAAAAUGCAAGAGGGAUUGUAGUAGAGAAUGUUCUGCACUCACAUCUAACAGUGGUAGGCCAUUUUUGGUAGGAAGGCCUUUCUGAAGUGGGAUUCUGCUGUGACUGGAUACCUUUACAUUCUAGUCAUCUUUGCCCUCUUUUUUCUCUUUCAAUUUGGUUUAGUUUGGUUCUUGAAACAGACUGUACAUAUAUAUAUUUUGGUGCACAUUCUGCACAUGGAAAAUGACUUUAAAAUAGACUGUGUGAAAUCUGCUGUAUUAAUGGGAAAUAAAAACUAUUCUUCCCAAAAA